UUUACUUUGUUUUCAGAACUUAAAGGUCCUCAUCAUUUGGUGUGAAGACAAUGGCUGGAGGACCAUAUAGCUAUUCAUAUAUAUUUAAAUACAUCAUCAUUGGAGACAUGGGAGUUGGGAAAUCAUGUCUACUCCAUCAAUUCACAGAAAAGAAAUUCAUGGCAGACUGCCCCCACACAAUUGGAGUGGAGUUUGGAACAAGAGUUAUUGAGGUGUCUGGUCAGAAGAUCAAGUUGCAGAUAUGGGAUACAGCUGGUCAGGAACGCUUUCGUGCUGUGACUCGAUCUUACUACAGAGGAGCUGCUGGAGCACUCAUGGUCUAUGAUAUCACCAGGCGAGCAACCUACAAUCACCUCAGCAGCUGGCUCACAGAUGCCCGGAGUUUGACCAACCCCAAUACUGUUAUAUUCCUGAUUGGUAACAAGUCUGACCUGGAAGCCCAGCGAGAUGUCACAUAUGAAGAAGCAAAGGAGUUUGCAGAGGAGAAUGGGCUUCUUUUUAUGGAAGCUAGUGCCAAGACUGGGGAAAAUGUGGAAGAAGCCUUCCUGGAAACAGCCAAGAAGAUUCAUCAGAAUAUUGAGAAUGGGUAA